AUGGUGCUGUGGGAGAUCACGCUAGCGACGGCUUACUUCUUGGGGCUGAAGCGGACUUACAGGCUCGCUCUCAAGUUACAACGCAAGGCCGUCAGCCCUAAGCACCCCAAGAUCCGCGAGUUUCUCCAUAGGCGGACUCGUGCAGUUUUCAGUGCUGCUCUUUCAGUACAUCAGAACAUACAACAGAGGGACUUGGAAGUUGGCAGGAACCUUGGCAACUGGAUUCUCCGAUGGCUCGAUAGAAUGAAACCUUCUGCUGGGAUCCGCCCUCAUGAUGAAGUCGCGGCAUCGAACAUACGAAAGAUAACACAGUCAAGCAGCAGCCCCAACAACCUAAAGAGUUCUUCCAGCAGCGUCCAGUCAUCCAGAAAUGGUGAAUCAUCAAACAGGCAUCUGUUCUCUUCCUAUAGAGCCACAUGGUCUAAGCCGUUCCCUACUAUCGCAAUGAUGAUCAGGCCGCCAAGACCUGCUGGAACUACAACGCAAUACAGGCACCUCAACAGCUGGAUGGGUCCUGAGAUGUUUGGGCGAAGCCCUGUAAUCAGCGCAAGUGGUUUUGGUGGAUUGCUAAGGAAGGAUGUAAUGCAGUAUCUACUGCAAAACUGA